AUGUGGGAUUGUAUUUUCCGCUUUAUGAGUUGUAAGUUUUUCCCCUGAUGCGGUGUGGCCUCUUCCAAAUAUGUGUCUUCUUCAUAUCCCCAAUACAAGUUCACUUUCUUUCCCUCCCAUGGCUUCACCACCGACAAUUAACCUCAUCUGAGUAGUCUUCUCCAGCGUAACCAUCGGAGAUCCCUGCUAUUCUUAGAACAUCACAGCUAACAGAACUCGAAGACGAUUGUUGCAGAAUAGGUCAAAAUUAGGGUUUGUCUUUUUUGGAAAAGACAGAGGUUAUGAGCACCUCCGUACAAUUUCCGGAAUAAAAAAACGUGACCACCAUCUUCAACCAAACAGAGCACACGAUGGCGACGAACAACGCUUUACAUUGUCAUGAUUCUGUUUUCAAAAAGGUCUCUUGCUCAGAUAAAAUGUCUGGCACAUUACACUCAAUGGGAUACAAGAGGCCAGUGAUCGUUCAAUCAAUCAACCAGGGAUUGGCGAUGAAGUUGUCCCUCAUCAAGAUAUUUCAUUUAGAUACACUAGCCCUAGCAGAUGCCACCGUUGUCAAUGGUUGCCUAUGGGCAAUUCCUGGGUCUCACAAAGGUUGUUUCUUUUUCAUAUUUUUUGAAGACAUUUGGAUUUAUUUGUAAUAUUUUUCUUUUUUAGAUUUUAUAAACCAGACGGUCUUGUAAGACGAUUUAUCGGUGUUCAUAAAUCGUCAAACGAACAACCACCCAACCGAAGCAAGUCGGCUGGUUUAAGAUUCGCAGGCUUCAGUUUUGGCGUGUUAAUUUGUAAGCCCCGGACGCAUCGCGGCAGGGGGGCUUGCUUCUAGUACUUUUCUAAUUUAAAAUUUUACAUUCAUAAAGUGUUGAACCUUAAUAAAGUUCUAGUUUAUUG